CAGUGCAGAAGAAAGUUCAAAGCUGCCGAAUGUCUGAACCAUUCUAAUUCAAUUAGAAAUGAGGCCAUUUUACUUAGAAACUACCAAGUCCCUGUUUCUUUUUUUAUUUAUUUGUGUUGUUUUGUUUGUCACACCAACUCCUUAUUUCUGCUUCUAUAAGAUCAACACAAUUUGAAAGAAAAAACCCCAUCAAAAGAUUUGAACCAGAGGAAAAGAAAAGCAAAAAAUGAAUGCAAACAGUUCAUCUAUGUCUACAAACACCCAAACCCAACCGUUACUAGGUACAGGCGUGAGCGUGACAAACACAAACACUUCGCCAUUCUCAGCAGUUGGGAGCUUCAUAAAGCUGCUCCCUACAGGGACUCUCUUCGUGUUCCAAUUCCUGAACCCUGUUUUGACCAACAGCGGUGAAUGCAACGCCAGCAACAAGUGGCUCAGCGGCAUUCUCCUGGUUGCAUGUGGGUUCAGUUGCGCCUUUUCUUCCUUCACAGAUAGCUACACAGGCAGCGACAACCAGAGGCACUAUGGCAUCGUAACUACCAAGGGAUUGUGGCCUUCUCCAGCAUCCGAGUCUGUUGACUUGUCAACCUACAGACUCAAGUUUGGAGAUUUCGUGCAUGCCGUUUUAUCCUUGUUAGUGUUUGCGGUGUUAGGGCUAUUGGAUACCAACACUGUGCACUGCUUAUACCCCGGCUUUGAGUCAACUCAGAGGCUUCUGCUUCAGGUGCUGCCCACAGUUAUUGGGGUAUUAGCGGGUGGACACUUCGUCAUUUCCCCCAGUAAUCGCCAUGGAAUAGGAUACCCUUUAACUUCUGAUUCUAACACCACCUCCCCAGAACUCAAUCACACUACCGCUCCUCCACAACAUCCCAACCACACUUCUGUUUAGGAUUACUAGCCUUGAUGGUAUGGCAACUUACAUUAUUACAUCAAAAUUAAUUUUUAUAUUAUGUAAAUUUAUAUUUAUAUUAAAUAUACAUUAAAUUUUUUAAUAAUAUGCAUAACAAUGGUUAAUGUUGAAAUUUGUUGGACA